AACAACCAACUAGUAGGAGUAGUAUUAAUACCCUUUCAGCGUGCCUAACUACGCCGGCUAUGCUGGCGGAGGCCGUCCUACCCACCUGACCUAGCCCUAUACACACCAAACUCCAACCAGUGAGACCUCUAUAGAGCGAACAGGCACCCUGGUGGCUGGCCUCUGAAAGAACACAGAAGGCUCAAAAAGCAAGAACUCAGGCGCAAAACUGGCUUAAACAGCAAGAUAAAGGGUGCACGAUGGCUCUUGGCAUCUAUAGAGGACCUAACAAGGAGUGUAUGGGGUGCUGUGCCAGCCGGUUGUCCGGCUGGCUGCGUGUACCGUAUACUGAACUAUCUUCUAUCUCAAUACUCAUUGCCCAAGUCAGAUGCUUCACCUUCUACCGGUAGGCGUGUGUGUUUGCCUUUGACUGCUUGUUACCCCCAACGCCUCAUACCUGAAGAUCCUCCAAUAUCCACGCCUCAAACACCUUUAUACACAACAAACAAAAAGCCCUCCAUCUACCAACCCACAAUGUUCUGCCCAAACUGCCAUCCCAAUCACAUCUACGUCGAAGCCUCCAUCCCCAUGACACGCUUUCAAAUCAACGAAAUCCACGUCGCGAUGGCCUCAGACCCAAAGUUCCUCAGCCUGACAACCUUCGACCAAGCACAACUCAAGCUCGCCCAGCAUCUCAGCGCGAUUCUUCCACAUGAGUGCCGUCAUUCAUUCAAGGCAUGCCGCAUCGCCGCCCUGAAAGCCUAUGCCGGGAUGAAGGCGCCGAUGACGCCGAUGAAAUCGACUCCAGAGCUCACGCUGGCGCUGGCGCUGACAAUCCAUACGAGACAGGCGCACGGUCUCCGGUCGCAAGUUCUAGGAAGACGGGCGAACGAGCUCUUGGAUCAGCUUCUCUGUGCCGAUGCACUUUUGUACAUAGACCCUCAAUCGAGAAUAAGGCUAUUACGAGAAGGAUAA